GCGAGGUGAGAAAUCUUUCGGAAGAUUUCAGAUGGGGAGUUCAGCCCCGAAGCUGGGCUUCACCAUCAGCUCGUGCUCUGGCGAGGAUGCAGAUUAUCCUGUAAGCGAGCUUCUCUGCAAAGAUCCACAAGUGAAGGGAUGGCAGACUCCUAGGUUUUGCAAAUGGCCACAGCAGGUGACCCUGCAGCUUGAGGGGCUGGCGAAUGUGCACCAGAUUCAAAUACUGAGCCACGAGUACAAGAUUGCCAGCAAAGUGGAGCUGCACAUUGGGACGCCUGGGGGAGGCGAGGCAGUGUCCUGGAAGCGCUUGGGAUCCUUCUCCUUUGACUGCAACGAGCGCAGCAAGCUGCAAGCGCGCGAGCUCAAGUCUGUGACAGUCAGCGUGCAGGCGCUGUUUGUGAGAAUAGUUCUGGCUCGCUGCCACUCCAAUGCCCAGAAUGCCUACAGCCAGGCGGGAAUACUGGGGGUCAGCAUAGCGGGGGAGCUGCUCAGGCGCAGCAGCACGCAGCUGCGCGCGCAGCUCCCCGGCAGCCCCCUGCCGGCCGCUGCGGCGGAGACGGCUGGCCGGCCGCAGCCAACGCCGCCGUCGGCACAGUCUCGCUCUGGAGACGGCUCAUCCGCUCGCGCAUCAGAGGACACUGCCGGAGAGACCUCUCCAGGUGCGGCGGGCGGAGGGGACGCCGGUGCAGACGUGAAGACGGCGGCGCGGCUGAGGGAUUUGGAGGGAGCGAAGGCGUGCGCAGUGGCAGAGGAAGACUAUGACGAGGCCAAGCGCCUGAAACUGGCCAUCGACCGCCUGAAGGCAGUCGCCACGCAGCUGUCGGACCUGGAAGCCAGGAAGAGGGCGGCGGUUGAGGCUGAGGAUUAUGACGUGGCCAAGGCGCUGAAGCAGGAUAUCGAGCGGCUGCGGCUGGCCGGGGGAGCUUCCCCCAGCGGCCGCGCACCCAACGGGCAGGAGGAGCCUGCAUACAAUGGGGGCCUGGGGAGCAGGAAGGAGCACUCCAAUGGCAUGGCACUGUCGCCCUCUUCCUACAGCAACCAUGAUGAGAUUCCCAUCUCACCCAUCGGUGCGCUGCCCUUCUCACAACCCCCUUGCCGGAGGUCGACCCAGGACGAGGGCCCCGGCUACGCGGCCAGCAGCCGUCGCGCGAGCAGCACGCCGUCUCAGGCGUACGAUGAACGGCCGGCGGUCGCGCGCGGCAGCUACUCGGCAGCUACCGCAGAAGUCGCCGCGCCGGCCCUGGCCCCGGCCGCCCGCGCGCUCGACAUGGACCGCGCUCUGGUUUCUUCCUCUGCCCCCGACUCCGCCGGCCCCCCGCCGCCAGGCUGGCCGGGGGAUCUGGCGCCCCCGGAGCCGCUAUCGGCCGCGGAUGCGAAGGACACAUCAGAGUUACUAAGCGUUCUUGAGGAGUACCUGGUGCGCUGCCUGUUCUCCAAGAAUUGGCAGCUACGCGAAGCCGCCCUGCAGCACCUCGAGAAGCGGCUGUCCGGGCAGGACUUGGCCCCGGACGCAAAGAGGGAGCUGGCGCGAUCCCUGGCACACUCUUUGCGGAUCGCACUCACAGACAAGGUCCCAGGAGUGUACAUGGCGGGGCUGAGCCUGCUGCGCGCGGUGACUAAUCCAGGGGUCAUGGCGCCGCGCGAGUGCGCCUCCCUUGUCGCUGACCUGGCACCGCUGCUCAUCGACAAGGCCGGGGAGAACAAUGCGCGAGUUCAGGCGGCCGCAGUUGAGACACUGCUGGCACUCGCGCAGCAGAAGGAGGCGGGCCUGUCUGCGCUGGUGUCCCUCUUCCUCAAGCCCGAGAAAGCCACGCAGUGGAAGCGGGUGCUGGGCAGGCUGCAGCUGCUGGAGGUGCUGAUACCGGUGUUUGGCGUGGGCAAGGGCGACUCCUUUAGCCUGGAGCCCCUCAUGAAGUUUCUGGGUGCCACGCUAGGGAACGCCAACGCAGACGUGCGCGCUGCCGCCACCCGCAUCACCGAGGCGAUACACGAGGCGGAGCUGCGCCACAGGGAGGCCGUACUGGGGCCGACUCAUCCAGACCUGGCGGACUCGUUGUCUAACCUGGCGAUCCUGUACAACCAGCAGGGGGAUUUUGGCCGUGCACAGCCGCUGUACGAGCGCGCGUUACGGAUCUACGAGGCGGUCUACGGAUCGAGCUCCACCGAAGUCGCGGACACCCUUACGGACCUCGCUGUCCUGCACCUCGAGCAGGGAAAUGAUGCGGCCGGGCGGCCGUUGCUGCAGAAGGCGCUGAUUAUCCAGGAGGCUGCUCUCGGCCCGGACCACCCGGAUGUGCAGGCCAUACGCGAUGUGCUGGAGGGGGAGGACUGA